AAUGGCGUGUGCGCAGAAGCAGCCAAAAAGAGUUUUGUUUUGAAGUGAGAGGAGGGCAGGGGUUCGUCGUAAGCCAUGACGCUUGCUUGCAAUCCUACUCAUUCACUCUAUUUUUUGCAAAAUUAAUAACUACCUAAACCAAUGCUUCUACUUCUACUCAAAAGACAAAAACCCCCUGCGACAGACUGACUGAACUCAAAUUUCUUGGAGAGAUUAGAUUGGUGAAAGGAUUUUCCUCCUCUUUUUUGGUUUAUUGCAGACAGUUUAUUUUCCUCAAUCAUCAUUGAAGCACUUGAGAGGUGAUUCAUAAAGCUGUAGACCAAAGAUGGCUUUUCAGCCAUUGGAUUGGUAUUGUCGACCAGUAGCAAUGAGGUUUUGGGCGAAAGACGUAGAUAGUUUUUUGGGCACAUACACUCCUUGUGCAAUUGACUCCCUAGUGAUCUCCAUUUCAUAUUUGGUCCUUCUUCUAUUGUGCUUGAACCGUAUGUGGUUGAUUAAGAGGAAUCAUAAAGCGAAGAGGUUUCGCUUGAGGACAAAUUACUACAACUACAUGUUGGGGCUAAUCACUGCUUACUGUAUUGCUGAACCUCUGCUGAGGUUGAUUAUGGGCAUUUCAAUCUUUAAUCUGGAUGGGCAGACAGGCCUCCCUCCCUUUGAGAUUGUUUCUUUGAUCAUCGAGGCUCUUGCUUGGUUCUUCAUGCUUAUCAUGAUUGGUUUGGAAACUAAAGUUUAUAUCAGAGAGUUCCGAUGGUAUGUUCGAUUUGGAGUUAUCUAUGUUUUGAUAGGCAAUGCUGUCAUUUUCAAUCUCAUUCUUCCGAUGAGGGAACACUGCAGUAGAUCUGCACUCUAUUUGUUCCUCAGCAACAUUUUCUGCCAGGUUUCAUUUGGGAUUCUACUUCUUGUUUUUGUUCCUAAUUUGGAUCCUCAUCCGGGUUACACAAUGAUACAAGUUGAAUCUUCAGACAAUGGAGAAUAUGAAGCCCUUCCUGGAGGAGAGCAAAUAUGCCCUGAGAGACAUGCUGAUAUCUUUUCCAGAUUUUCUUUUGGAUGGAUAACUCCUCUUAUGCAACAAGGGUAUAGGAAACCUAUCACUGAAAAGGAUGUCUGGAAAUUAGACUCAUGGGAUCAGACUGAGACACUGAUUAAGAAGUUCAAACGAUGUUGGGAUGAGGAAUUGGAAAGGCCCAAGCCUUGGCUAUUAAGAGCAUUGAAUAAUAGCUUUGGAGGAAGAUACUUUUGGGGUCAUUUUUUGUGGCCAAAUUCUUAUUAUUCCCUUGACUUCCAUCUGAAUGUAUUUUGCAGGUUUUGGUUAGGAGGUCUUUUUAAGGUUGGGACUGAUCUUUCUCAGUUUGUGGGCCCUGUUAUUUUGAGCCAUCUCUUACAGUCGAUGCAACGAGGUGAUCCAGCUUGGACUGGCUACAUCUAUGCCUUCUCAAUUUUUCUUGGGGUGUCAUUUGGCGUGCUAUGUGAAUCCCAGUAUUUUCAGAAUGUUAUGCGGGUCGGUUUCAGGCUGAGGUCAACUUUGGUGGCUGCUAUAUUUCGUAAAUCAUUGAGGCUAACUCACGAGAGUCGCCAGAAUUUCCCAUCUGGGAAAAUAACAAAUAUGAUAACUACAGAUGCAAAUUCGCUUCAGCAAAUAUGCCAACAACUUCACGUGCUAUGGUCAGCUCCGUUUCGUAUUGUCAUAUCUAUGGUUCUUCUUUACCAGCAGUUAGGUGUUGCUUCACUUCUUGGAUCAUUAAUACUAGUUCUCAUGGUUCCCAUACAGACUUUUGUCAUUAGCAAGAUGCGGAAAUUGACCAAGGAAGCACUGCAAAGGACUGACAAGAGAGUCGGCCUUGUGAAUGAAGUUUUGGCAGCCAUGGACACCGUGAAAUGUUAUGCAUGGGAGGAGAGUUUCCAAUCUAGAAUUCAAAGUAUACGGAAUGAUGAGCUAUCCUGGUUUCGCAGAGCACUAUUACUAUUUACUUUAAACGGUUUUAUCCUGAACAGCAUCCCAGUUGUUGUGACAGUGGUUUCAUUUGGGAUGUUCACUUUGCUUGGUGGUGAUCUGACACCUGCCAAGGCAUUUACAUCACUUUCCCUGUUUGCGGUGUUACGAUUUCCUUUGAACAUGCUCCCAAAUUUGUUGAGCCAGGUUGUAAAUGCAAAUGUAUCAUUGCAGCGUUUGGAGGAACUGUUCUUAGCAGAAGAGAGAAUUCUCACACCAAAUCCUCCUCUUGAACAGAGGCUUCCAGCCAUCUCAAUUAAGGAUGGUUACUUCUCAUGGGAUUCAAAGGCGGAGAAGCCCACAUUAGCAGAUAUCAACUUAGAUAUACCUGUGGGCAGCCUUGUAGCAGUUGUUGGCGGAACUGGUGAAGGAAAGACAUCACUCAUAUCUGCAAUGCUUGGGGAGCUGCCUCCUGUAGCAGAUGCAAGUGUUGUCGUUAGAGGAACUGUUGCAUAUGUUCCUCAAGUUUCCUGGAUUUACAAUGCUUCUGUGCGUGACAACAUAUUGUUUGGAUCGGAUUAUGAAUCUGCACGUUAUUGGAGGGCAAUUGAUGUGACCGCAUUACUGCAUGAUCUUGACUCUCUUCCUGGUUGUGAUCUCACAGAGAUUGGUGAAAGAGGGGUAAAUAUUAGUGGUGGACAGAAGCAGAGAGUUUCAAUGGCCAGGGCUGUGUACUCCGAUUCAGAUGUAUACAUAUUUGAUGACCCCCUAAGUGCUCUGGACGCUCAUGUUGCUCGACAGGUUUUUAACACCUGCAUCAAGGAAGAGUUGCGUGGAAAAACCAGGGUGCUUGUCACAAAUCAGCUGCAUUUUCUUCCCCAGGUGGAUAGAAUUAUUCUAGUUUCUGAAGGCAUGAUUAAAGAAGAAGGCACCUUUGAUGAGCUCUCCAAAAAUGGCAAGCUAUUCCAGAAAUUGAUGGAAAACGCGGGGAAAAUGGAAGAAACAGAAGAACAGAUGGAAGGAAAGGAAGGGAACGGAAAGCUUGACCAGAAACUUUCUUUGCCAGCUGCCAAUGGAAAGGUCGUGGUUAACGAGUUCCCCCAAGAUGCAACAAACAUAAAGAAAGUGAAAGGACGGAAAUCUGUACUUAUCAAAGCAGAAGAACGAGAAACAGGUGUUGUCAGUUGGAAUGUACUGAUGAGGUACAAAAAUGCAUUAGGUGGCUUUUGGGUGGUCACAAUACUCUUUAUAUGCUAUUUAUUAAUUGAAGUUCUUCGAGUUUCAAGCAGUACUUGGUUAAGUUUUUGGACAGACCAAAGCACUUCUGAGAAUUAUAAGCCCGGAUUCUACAUUCUCAUUUACGCAGUUCUGGCACUUGGUCAGGUAACUGUAACACUAGCAAACUCUUACUGUUUGAUCAUUUCAAGUCUUCGUGCUUCCAAAACACUGCACGAUGCGAUGCUGAAUUCAAUACUGAGGGCUCCAAUGCUAUUCUUCCACACAAACCCAACAGGAAGAAUAAUCAAUAGGUUUGCAAAGGACCUAGGUGAUAUAGACCGCAGCAUUGCUAACAUGAUGAGUAUGUUUCUGAGCCAAGUGUGGCAGCUUCUUUCAACUUUUGUGCUGAUAGGAAUUGUCAGCACGAUAUCAUUAUGGGCAAUAAUGCCACUCCUCAUCUUAUUUUACUCUGCCUAUUUAUAUUAUCAGAGUACAUCCCGUGAAGUAAAACGUUUGGAUUCUAUUACCAGAUCUCCGGUCUAUGCACAAUUUGGAGAAGCACUAAACGGCUUGUCAACCAUUCGUGCAUACAAAGCAUAUGAUCGGAUGGCUAAUGUUAAUGGGAAGUCCAUGGAUAAUAAUAUCAGAUUCACUCUCGUCAAUAUUAGUUCCAAUCGUUGGCUCGUCAUUAGGUUAGAAAUGUUAGGAGGACUAAUGAUUUGGUUGACAGCAACAUUUGCGGUCUUGCAGAAUGGAAGUGCCGAAAACCAAGUGGCAUUUGCAUCCACAAUGGGUCUACUUCUCAGUUAUACCUUAAAUAUCACCUCUCUUUUGAGUGGUGUUUUAAGACAAGCAAGCAGGGCUGAGAAUAGUUUAAAUGCUGUAGAGCGUGUUGGCACAUACAUAGAUUUGAAUUCUGAAGCUCCAGCUAUUAUUGAAAGCAAUCGGCCGCCGCCUGGUUGGCCCUCAUCAGGAUCAAUUCAAUUUGAAGACGUGGUCCUACGUUAUAGGAGGGAACUUCCUCCUGUCCUACAUCGAAUUUCAUUUACAAUAUUCCCUGGUGACAAGGUUGGGAUAGUCGGAAGGACUGGUGCUGGAAAGUCAAGCAUGCUCAAUGCAUUGUUUCGAAUUGUAGAGCUGGAAAAUGGAAAAAUCCUGAUUGACAACUGUGACACUGCGAAGCUUGGGCUGAGGGAUUUACGAAAAGUUCUAAGUAUUAUACCCCAGUCACCAGUACUUUUUUCAGGAACCGUGCGAUUUAAUAUAGACCCUUUUGGUGAGCACAAUGACGCUGACCUUUGGGAGGCUCUGGAGCGGGCACAUCUGAAAGAUGUCAUCAGUAAGAAUCCUUUUGGCCUGGAUGCUGAGGUAUGGGAGGGAGGUGAGAAUUUUAGUGUUGGACAGAGGCAACUAUUGAGUCUUGCUCGCGCAUUGCUACGAAGAUCAAAGAUUCUUGUUCUAGAUGAAGCAACUGCAGCUGUUGAUGUUAGAACUGAUGCUCUUAUCCAGAAAACCAUAAGAGAAGAAUUCAGAUCAUGUACAAUGCUAAUUAUUGCUCACAGACUAAAUACCAUCAUUGAUUGCGACCGAAUUCUUUUGGUUGAUGCUGGUCAGGUUCUAGAAUACGAUACCCCAGAGAAACUGUUAUUAAAUGAAGGCAGUGCAUUCUCUAGGAUGGUGCAAAGUACGGGGCAAGCAAAUGCUCAGUACCUCUGUAGCCUAGUAUUUGGAUGCAAAGAGAACAAACACAGCAAAGAAACCGAGAGGCAGGACACCCAAAGGAGGUGGCUGGCGUCUUCCCGAUGGGCUACUGCUGCCCAGUUUGCACUAGCUGUUAGCCUCACUUCGUUGCAGAAUGACCUUCAAAACGUGGAAGACGAAAACAAUAUCCUCCAGAAAACAAAAGAUGCAGUUAUAACUCUUCAGGGAGUCCUUGAGGGGAAGCAUGACAAAGCCAUAGACGAUACAUUACAUGAGCAUCAAGUUCCAAGAGAGGGAUGGUGGUCAGCUGUCUACCGAAUAAUUGAAGGUCUAGCUGUAAUGAGCAGGUUAGCUCAAAACAGAGAUCAACAGUCAGAACAUGAUUUUGAGGAGAGUGUCCUGGACUGGGACAAUGUUGAAAAUUGAAAAAGAUUGCAAAACUGGUGGUGGUAUUCUUCCACCCAGAAAGGGUAGCUUCUCAGGUACCUCUGCCUACUCCAUGCAAAAGACUCUUCUUCAUGUAAACAACAACUAGGGUCUUUUUCCUUAUUGAAGGACUCAGGAUCACAAAACAUGCUCUUCCUUCCACUCUCAUCGACACUAAUAUUACUAUUAUCAGUGUUCAUCCUUCUCAACAAAAACUUUGCGUCUGCCUCUGCGCACUGUUGAACCUUCACCAAGCUUGUCUUCAUCUUCUUCAACUUUUGCUUUAAUUUGUUUAUGUUAUGGCUCAUUAGAACCAUGGGUUGGCCAUAUAUAUAGUGCUAGCCCCUUGAGUACGAAUGUUAUUAGAAUUAGGUAGAUUUUUAGUAUUUAACCCGAACA